UCUUAAGACGCUACGGUUGUUCGGCAACGUUGCAAUCUCUAUGGCCGUAUCAGUAGCAGCGCUCUCUCGUGACGUUGCAAUAUAAUCAUUUUAUCAAUAUUUUUGGAUAGCUGGGUAAAUUUAUUAUUUUGCCUAUAUUAGCCACAAAGCGAUUAUUGUUCUGUUUACUAUUACGCGGUCGGAAAUUGCAUCACAAGCCAACCGUUUCAUUUUCUCUGUGGGUCACAGCAGCUGCUCUGGAGAAAACACAAACCUACUGAGGAACUAGUUUUGAGACGAUACUUGACAUUCGACAUGGCCAGCAACGAAGAAAAAGCCAUGGCACUGCUGUCCGAAGCGGACAAGAAACUCAACUCGUCCAAAGGAUUUUUCUCAUCGUUGUUCGGGUAAGCGAAUAAAAACAUUUUAUUAAAUUGUUGUUAGGUAUUUCAAUAUUCUCGUCUCGUAACCCACGAUUUUACUCGAGUCGAGUGGCGCCGUGGGUGGGGUUAGGUGGCGCACCACGGUCGAACCCGUUUUCGAAAGUGUGCCGCGAGGGGUGAAACCCAGUGACGGCAAACACUGUAUACUUAAAAUCUCGCACUCAACUUUCCACCCUUAAUGCAGGUUUUCUCAAUUGCCUUUUAGAUUUUAUUAACAAAUGUGGUGCACUUACUGACCUCGUACAGAGAUUAUCCAAACUAAGGUACUUAAUUCAUAUAUUUUGUAGAUUGUCGACGAAUUCAGGUUCAGGGGGUUUACGUUCGCCGAACGGUCUGGUUAAUAUUUUAACUAUUCACAAAUUAUUGUUAGGUAGUAGGUAGUAUAACGUGAAUUUAAAACUUUUAUUUUAAAAUUUUUUUACAUAUGAAAUCUCGAAUAAAAUACUGCCGAUUUUAGAAUUAAAUUUAAAUAUUAUGUCUGUUUGAUUUUCACAUUUUAUCGAAUUACCAUCCAAACAAAAAACGAUAUAUUUGUGCUCUUAUUUCGAUAAUUCUACAAAUAUUGACAGUUGCGUACACUAUUAGAAACAUAAUUAAGUGAUUAAGAAUUAUCUAAUAGAAAUAUGUAUGGGUUAUCAAUAUAUUAUUAUUAUAUAUCAAACUAUUUUUAUAUAUGGCCAAUACCUACAUAAUAAUAUAUUACCCACUUAGGUAUCCAUACAUUUUAAAUCUAUAAAAUUUACCUACCCAGGUAAUAAAAACGGCAAUUAUGUAAUAACCCUAAGUUGUACGAUAUUAAAACAAUAAUUAUAUACCAGUGUGCUUCUGAAAAUACUUACAAUUACUAUUGAACGUUUACUUGGGGUGACAUCAUCGCAUACUUGUUAACAUACUUGUAUCAUAGUAUGAUAAUUGUUCAAUUCAAAUUGAUUUAGUUGUUAUUAAAACCUAACCAGAUUAAAUUUUUUUCGGUUUAUUUAUAAAAUAUUAAUAUAGCCAUUCAUUUAUUUUUGUCCGGUGUAUACCUAACAAAAAUUUAAAAACUUUAAUCAUUUUUUUUAAAAUGUCUAAGUAGAUACCAUUGCAAAUACUGUUAAACACACGACUGUUUUUUUUUUUUUUUUUCUAAGUUUGUUAACAUUCAGUUGCUUCAUAAAUGUUUGUGGUUUAUAUUAUGUAGGUAGGUACAUAUUUAGUUUUGUAAUUUUAAUUAAUUCAGAAGCACAGUAUUUGUUUGCUUAGUAUUAUGUUAGUAUAACAUUGUUAUUGAAUAUUGCCCCAUCGAUAAUGUAUUAUGCAUUUUUUAAAAUUUAGAUAAGAGGUGUGGAGACUGAAAUUUAUAUAGCUCAAUUUUUCCACCUUUUCUGCUUUUUUAAACUAUACGUAUUUUUGAAUAGGUAAUAAUAAAGUUAUACUUCAAUAUGCAUUGUCACGUGAGACUUUAAUUACCUAACACUUAUUCUAAUACUAGCUAUUUAUAAAAAAAAAAAAAAAAAUUACUACAAAUUAUGUUACUGAUUGUAUGAUAAAUACAUAAAUAAAACAAUAAUUAACAAAAAACAAAAAAAAAAAAAUUAUUAUAGCCCAUUCAAAAUAACUGAAAAUAUACUGACCAUUGGUCUAGUAUAUUUUAUAUUACCACAACUUUUUGUGGUAGAGAUCUACUAAGAAUAUAUUUUCUUCUUUUAACGAUCAACGUUCUAAUAAAAAUGUCAAAUUAUAAAUUACCUAAUAAGCAUUAAUAAGAAAACAAAAAUAUGUAGUUUUUCAUCUCACUUUAAGACUGAUAUUGUAAAUACAAUUGCCAGUAUGAACUCUAUUGAAUUAAUAAUUGAAUUGUAUCACUUGAUAAAUUGACAACAAAAUGAUAUUAUUAAGAUGAAAUGAUCAAAAAUUGUGAUUUUUCAUUUUUUGCUAAUUAUUAUAAAAAUAAAUUCUAAUAAAGAAAGAACGACAUUUAAACCUGCCCGUGAUCUAUCGUUUGACUACUGUUGGACUAGACAACUGUAUAAGCUUGAAAUUGUUUAAAAUAACAUUCAUUUAUUUUCAUUUUAUUAUUUUUAGGUAGUAAUUGAAACAAUGUAUUUUUAUUAUAAUAUAAUAUCAGAAUAUUUAAAUCCAUAUGAUUAUUCUAUAAUUUUUCUGUUUGGGAAUUUAAGAUUUAUUUUAUUACAUAUUAUACUUUACAAAUAUUAUUGUUAAUCGAUAUUUUAAGUAUGUAUCUUAUUAAAUUUUCUUUAAAGUGUUGAAUUAACAAAUUUAAAGUACUUAGCAGGGUAUUUAUGUUCUUUUUACACAAACUAUUAAAAUCUUGUAUACCUUACAUAUUUUUUCUUGUGGAAAAUACAAUUUUUUUUUUUUUCAAAAUAACUUUUGGUCUGUUUUCCGAAUUAUAUACAAAUUGUAUAUAAUUAUACUAUAUGUGUGUUUAAUAUAAGUACCUACAUUAUAUUUACUAUUUUUUUUUUUUUUUUACCAUCUGUAGAAAAAUUCAAACAUUUUUUACACAGUAUGUACAAUACAGUAAUAUUUUUAAAAAUUUAUUUUGCAUGACUAAAAUAUGAUUAUUGAAUGGUUUUAUUAAGUACCUACUAUUUAUAAAAAGUUUAUAUAACAUUAUGGAUUUUUUUAGGAGUGUUUCUAAGGUAGAAGAUGCAAUCGAUUGCUAUCAGCAUGCUGCUAAUUUAUUCAAAAUGGCGAAAAAAUGGCCCCAAGCAGGCAGAGCAUUUUGUAUGGCCGCUGAUCUCAACUUCAAAUCGGGCCGUAAACACGAUGCUGCUACAAAUUACGUAGACUCUGCAAAUUGCUUUAAAAAAACCGAUCCAAAUGGUAUGUGUUAUAAUAACCUCUUUUCCAUAAAAUAAAUUAAACAUUUAAAUUUGUGUGUAUAAUGUUUCAAAUUAUUUUAUUAAUAAUCUUUAAUCUAUUAUUAUUGGAAAACAUUUAAUUUAAUUGCUAAUAUAAAUUUUAAUUUUACAAUUAAAAUUGUACUUGUUUUUUUUUAAUUGAAGAGGACAUCACACCACGUUUCACUGUCUUCAUCUUACUAAUGUGCAACUUAGCACAAUAAAUUAAGUAACUUUGAACAUAAAUUAUAGUUUUAAUGUUAAAAUUGUAGUUUAAACAAAAAUAAUACAAUUUAAAGGGGAAUAUAUUUUUAAGGGCUUUUUUCUUAAAAUCUAUUAUAUAAAAGAAUUACAACUAUAUUAGUUUUUUAAUUUUUUUUAGAAAAAAGCUGUGCAUUCCCAAAAAUAUUUUAAUCCUGUUUAAAUUUUGUUAUUUUUGUUUAAACUGUAAUUUCGACUUAAAUACCAUCAUUUUUGUUUUAAGUAACAUAAUUUCACAUUCCACAUGUUAUUAAGUCAGAGACAGCAUAUGGGGGUAUAACAUGCUCUUAGUAGAGUUUGUUUUACCAAAUUUAUGUGAGUAGGUAAUAAAAUAUUAUUUUUUAUUUAUUAACAGAAAUGGCUAAAUGGGCAUGAUCUUUUAUCACAUUUCCAUUGUUUUCGUCUAUUUUAUUUCUUAAGUUUAUUUCAUCUAUUUAAUAUUAAAUUGUUUACAUUUUAUUAUGUCAUAGAGGCUGCACAGUGUCUGGAAAAGGCUAUUGACAUCUAUACGGAUAUGGGUCGUUUCACAAUGGCCGCUAAACAACAUCAAAACAUAGCGGAAAUGUACGAGAAUGAAGCUGUUGACCAUGAACGUUCUAUAAAUAACUACGAAAAGGCUGCAGAUUACUUUAUGGCUGAAGAAAGCAAGAGUUCGGCAAACAAAUGCAAACUCAAAGUGGCUCAGUAUGCUGCACAACUUGAACAGUAUGGAAGAGCCAUUCAGAUAUACGAAGAGGUAUUAUUCAAAUGAAGAAAAUGUAUUUCUUUCGGUGAAAACUAAUGCAAUAUUAUUUUUGCUAUAGGUUGCUGGAACAUCAUUGGACAGUUCUCUUUUAAAGUACAGCGCUAAAGAAUAUUACUUCAGAGCGGCUUUAUGUCAUCUGUGUGUUGAUGUGCUCAAUGCUCAGCUGGCCAUGAAUCGCUAUGUUGAGCAAUAUCCAGCAUUCCAAGACAGCAGAGAAUACAAAUUAUUACAGGUGAAUAGAAAAUAAAAAUAAUAUUGAAUUACGUUUUUAAGGAUUUGAAACUUUGUGAGGUAAUAUUUUUGUUUAGUGUUUUUACUUUUGUUAAAUAUUGUUCUUCUAAACAUAACAAACAUUUAAUCAUUCAAUAAUAAUAUCAUCAAUAGAAACCAUGAAUAUACACUAAAAGUUUUAAAUAUGAUGAAUAAAAAUAACAAAAUAUGCACUUUUGUGCAUUGAAAAAUCUGUACCAGUUAAAAAAAAAAAACCAGAAAUGAAGAAAUCAAUUGUUCAAAUGUAUGCAACACACUGUAUCUAUUUUUAAAUAGGUUAUGUUGUGGAAAUAUCUACGUAAUAAAAUAAAUAAAAACUUAAGUAAAACACAAGCAAAUAAUUCAAUUAAUAAAAGUAUACAUAUCUAAUAUCAAUUCAAAAAUAUUGAUAACAACUUAUAAUAUAAGUAAUGUUUUCUGUAAAGACAUAGUAAAAAGUACAGUAUCAGCCAUGCAAUUAUUUCUUUUAUUUGAUUUUUGUUUUAUUAACUGUUAUUAAUACAGUGUUGCAAAUAUGGAACUAUAUUAGACAAAAAUAAUUAUUUUCUCAAAUUAAAAAAAAUAUCUAUUAUUUUUGUUUUUCAAAUGAAAUUCCAAGAUAAUCAACAUAUCAAAUCUUAAUUGGAUUGUUAACUAUCAGAUUUCAUAAGGAGAAAAUAGUUUCUUCAAAUGAGUGAAUACUAAGUGCGUGAAAAAAUGUAUACCAAAGUAUGUCUAUCAAGCUUAACCCGUCAACAUGCAAAAUAAAAUAUGGUCUAUGAAAUCAGUUUGAUUUGAAAUGUCCGCAUUUCAAUCAAAGUGCGAAAUGUCAAUCAGUAUGAAUAUUCUUAUGUGUAUGCAUAAUAUAAUGUAAUUCCAGUUUUUACUCAUCAGUAAUAAAUUGAUUACCUACCGUUUUCAUAGAUUUGUUGGUAACCAAUAUGUUUAUAAAAUGUUACUCAUAAUAUUAUGUUGUUUGUCGUUAAAAUUUUGCAUAACAUUAAUAAAGCUAACAAUACAAGUUUCAAGGGGUCUUUUAACGUAUACAAUAUUAAUAUGAAACAAUUAUAAUACUAAUUUUCCAAUUUGUUAAAGUUUUAAUCAACUAAUAAGUAUUUUCUGUAUUUGUGAUUUUUAUUUUUAUAAAUAAGAAUCAAGUAUAAAUGAAAUGUAUUUAUUUUUUCCAGGUGUUAUUGAAUCAUAUUCAAGAACAAAAUGCUGAUGGUUUUACAGAAGCAGUUAAAGACUAUGAUUCCAUAUCACGAUUGGACCAGUGGUACACGACCAUAUUAUUGCGUAUUAAGAAGUUGGUUGAUGGUGCUCCGGACUUGUGUUAAAAGUUACAAUAUAAGUAUUUGUUUUUAAAUUCCUUAAUUUAUGAAUUGACUCUUGUAGAAACAAAAAGAAAAAAAAGUGUAACGUUAAUAUUUGUAUAUAUUUGCAUUCCUUACGCAACCAACUUGUCAGGUAAAGGAGACUUACAUAAUAUUAUGGUACUAUUUUUUCUUUUUCUUUUUUGGCACAGCGUGUUUACAUUUGUUGUUUUGUUAAAAUAUGAUAUUUAACCAUUGAAAAUCUUAUAUAAAAAUGAUUUAGAUUUGACAGUUGACACUUUUUUUUAGUGUAUAAGUUUGUUAUAAAAAAAUAUCGUUUUUAUCAUCUAGUAUUUUGUAAUAUUUUAAAAUUAGCGACGUACAUUCCUUUCUGUAUGUUAAAAAUGCUGAAUUGUAAUGUUGCUUGUUGUUGACUUUUUUGAAUAGAAUUAUCAUGUUCUCUGAACAUUAGUGCUCUUUGUGUUUAUUUAAUACAUUUUUUUUUUUCUAUGAACAAACUGAUAAAUAUUUUUUUCUGCCAACUGUUUCGUUAAGAGAUAAUACAUUUAUUAUAACAUUAUACUAGUUGAAGGGUAAUUAUAAAUAUGUUUAUCUCAAUAUUAAAGUAUUUAUACCAUCUAAUAUUUUUACCAAAUAUAUAUAUAUAUAUAUCAAUAUUGUGUUGGAAUCGAACGGCAAAUAUUAAUAAUAUAAUAUAAUAUAAUAAAAUAUUGUACUGUAGAAUGUUUAGGGAGCUAUGUUGUAUAGUGACUUUGUGAUGAUGAAUGUAGGCUAAAUAAUAUUUGUGCAGCUGUAGAGAAGUCGAAUACACUUAUCUCAUUAAAAUUGUUUCGUAUAUUAUAUUCUUAAAUACUAACCAAUACUGUUAAUGUUAAUUUAUUUUUUAUUAUUAUUAUUUUUUUUUUUUUUCGUAAAUAGAAUAUUAUUAUUACAGAGUUUUUUUUUUUGUCCAUAAUGUAUAUCAAAAUUUGUUUUUAAUACUAUUAUUUGACUGUUUUGUCAUUAUUAUUAGUUACUCUUAUCAGCUAUCAGCUAUCCACGGUGUUUUAAUAUGUUGUUUAAAUUUAUAAAGUUAAUAUUAUUGUAAUUUUCGUAUAUAUUAUAAUGUUUGGUUUAGUGCAUUAGAUUUUUUUGAAUCGAAAUUAGAUAAUAAUAUUAUUAUUAUAACAAUAUACUGUUGGUGGUUUUUUUUUUGUAAUGACCUUUCUUGCAAAAAUGUCGUAAGUCUUGCCUUACUUAUUGUCCUUUAAUUUCUGCAAACUCAAUUACAGAAUAUUUUAAGGAUUUUG